UCAGGAUUUAUUUUGUUGUAAACGAUUGCUUUAAACAAACAAUACAUAUAGGUCAGGAACAAGAAAAAAAAUACCCGUCAAUUUUCCAUGCUUGUUAUUUAGUUCAAUAUCAAAUCAAUGCAAGCUAUAAAAACUCGAAAAAAAAAUUCUAUACGAUAAAUUCAAAUUUCACAAAUGUACGUUCGUUCGACUAUUUUGGGUGGUGCUAUCCUUGCUUGCUUGGCUUCUUUAGCAUUGGCUCGUCCUGUUGUUGAUAACGGAGUAAUUCAACAUGGUCGUCCUGCUGCUAUUGUUGCUCGAGAAUAUCAACCUACUGUUAAGGUGAACAAGUUUAUUCCUAUCAAUUUCGCUGAAGAAGAUGAAACCAAUGUUGAAGAAAAGAAGGAAGAAGACAAAGAAGACAAAGAAGAAGAGGAGGAGGAGGAGGACAAGGAAGAAGAGAAUAGCAAUGUUGAGGCUCAAGCCGAAGACGAAGAAGACGAUAAGGACGAGGACAAGGAACUCAAGGAAGACGCUGAAGAAGACGCUGAAGAAGACGCUGAAGAAAAAGAAGACGUUGAAGAAGAAGAUGAUGAUGACAAAGAAGAAAAGGACGAUGACAAAGAAGAAAAGGAAGACGAUAAAGAAGAAAAAGAAGACGAUAAAGAAGAAAAAGAAGACGAUAAAGAAGAAAAAGACGAUGACAAAGAAGAAAAAGAAGACGAUAAAGAAGAAAAAGAAGACGAUAAAGAAGAAAAAGAAGACGAUAAAGAAGAAAAAGAUGAAGGUAAAGAAGAAAAGGGUGACAAUAAAUCCCUCUUCAAGUUAAGACCUGCUAAUCCUCUGCAUGAUGGUAUUACAUUUACAGCUGAACAAAUGGAAGAAGCCAAGCAAGAUGCUGCUGAAGGCCAUUACGGUGGUUUAGAUCACGACGAAUAAUAAUUUAAGAUAAUAAA